AAUAAUGUUAUAAUUAUUUUUUGCUACGAUAAUUCUGGCAACAUGAUGUUAAAAUUUCUGUUUGCGAUGGAAAGCGUGAUAAAUCCUUGUGAGGGGAAAGUUUAUCAACCAAAAUAAACAUAGUGAUGGCGGCUUCAUUAUUAAACGAUCUAUAUUUUGAAUCAAAGUAACCAGUUAUAAACUUUGGUGAAAAGAGACAGUUUUAUUAAUUAACAUGACAACAAUAAAAACACUUCCUCUGAACUCAAGAAGGAAAAUCCGAAAUAAAAUGGACAGAAGAUGACAAUCGGAAACCAUAUGGUGGAAUGGAAAUCAAAAAAGAAAAAAUAUUAAUAAUAAGAUGGGAUUGAAGUCUUCCAAAGUGACUUCCUGGUCGAAAUUUUGCAGUUUAAUUGCAAUUACUUUUCUUUUGUUCAUUUUAAGUAAUAUUAUUUUAAUUCAUCUAAUGUUUGAACAGAAAUUCAAAUGGCCAGAAAAAGAUUAUAAUUCUCCAUAUUUUCAAACUUUAAAAAUGUAUUUUAUCAAAGGACAGUCUGAUUGGAAAUUAUUUAUUAACGUAUCAAAUAAAACAAAUUUAAUGAAUUUAUUAUUACCAAAACCUAAACAAAUGAUGGAUUGUAAGUCCUUAGAAAACAGCAAAGAACAUAUUUAUAUUGCAACUGGAUGGACUAAAGUUUCUUAUUCUGCAAAGUUAUAUGAUAAAGACAUUGCAAUUAAGACUGUUAAUGUUUAUGGUCGUGACGUGAGAGAAUGUUUGAAGUGGGAUUCAAAUGUGCGCCUUUUAGACUGUUAUCAACUGGCUGCUGCUAAGAUUUUGAGAGAGAUCUUUCUGUUACAAAAACUAAUUCAUCCGAAUGUCAUAGAGAUGUUAGGAUAUUGUGUGCCUGUAAUAGAUUAUAAUGGAGCUCAAAGCAGUUCUGUAUCAGUCAUUACUGAACUAGGACAACCAAUUGAUAUUAUAAGCUUAUUACAGAUGUCUUGGGAAGAUCGUUUAAGAGUUUCUUUGGGCAUGGCACACCUAUUAUAUCAUCUUGCUCAUUCUUCUUUAGGCUCUCUGCUCAUGUCAGAUUUCAGACGACAACAGUUUGUUUUAGUGAGAGGAAAACUCAAAUUAUCUGAUGUAGAUGACAUAAUUAUUGGCGAUCCAAAAUGUUCAUCAAAGAAAAAUUGCACAAGUUAUUUUACUCAACAAAAUUUAACAUUGACUGUACCAUGUCAAAAAGGUAUUUGCUCUGGUCUCAAUGAGAAACAAAAUAUAAUACAUGCUGGAAGGCAUUUCAUGAGUUUUAUUCUUCCACAUGGUGUUCCUGGAAAGUUACAACCAUUUGUUGAUAAAAUUGUAGAUGCUUAUAGUAAAGGUUCUUGGGAUUCAGAGAAACUUCUACAGAAAACUGAAGAAGUAGUAUAUCUUUUUAUUAAUGGUUUUUACAGAAAUACUUUAUCAGAAAAAAAUGCUUUAAAAAAUUACAGGAUUUAUAACAAUAGUGAUUUACCAGGAUUAUUUGAUUAUCAUUGCCAACUAACAUUAUCUGGACAUGGUUGCACUCUUUCUGUAUUUGAUACUGAAGAAGCAGCAAAAAUAUGUUCUGGAGAUCCAGAAUGUAAAGCAUUUGUUUUAACAAAUGACACAACUUGGAGUGGAAGAAAAAUUGUUCAUUUUAAAAAUGGAUACAAAACACCUGUAAAAAGUUUAACAACUUUAUUUGUUAAAAACUAAAUAAUAUUUUGUAUAUAAUUUAAAUUUGACAACUAAGAUUUAUAAUCUGUGCCAAAACACCAGUGAAAAAUUUUUCCUAUGGAAAAUAUUUGCAUAUAAUAAUAAUUUUUUUAUAAUGAUUUAUUAUAUGUAAUUAAAGUUUUGAAUUAAAAUAGUGUAUGUUCAUGAAAAAACUGAAUAACUGAUUUCAAAUUAUUCAAAGUGAUGAAGCACUAUACUGUACCAUACAUAAAUUAGAUUUCUAUUUAAUGCAAUAAACAUGGGCUCCAAAAAGUAAUUGAAUAUCUUUUGUAGUCUGAUGGGCUAUUACAUGACUAACUUGAAGAAUUAGUGACAGUAAAAUUAAUGGAAAAAUGUUUAAGGUUAAAAAAUACGAAUUCGUUUUAUCAAUAUACUUUUGCACAUGGAAAAACAAAUAAAAGAUUUGGAGAAUGUUUCUU